AAGCCGGGUUUGGAGAGCCCGCUGUGGUGGCGGCAACAUGGCGGACGUGCUAAGCGUCGGAGUGAAUCUGGAGGCCUUUGCUCAGGCCAUUAGUGCCAUCCAGGCGCUGCGCUCCAGCGUGAGCAGGGUGUUCGACUGCCUGAAGGAUGGCAUGCGGAACAAGGAGACGCUGGAGGGCCGGGAGAAGGCCUUCAUUGCACACUUCCAGGACAACUUGCAUUCGGUCAACCGGGACCUCAAUGAGCUGGAACGUCUGAGCAAUUUGGUAGGCAAGCCAUCUGAGAACCAUCCUCUCCAUAACAGUGGGCUGUUAAGCCUGGAUCCUGUGCAGGACAAAACUCCUCUCUAUAGUCAACUCCUUCAAGCAUAUAAAUGGUCAAACAAGUUGCAGUACCAUGCAGGUCUGGCGUCUGGCCUUUUGAAUCAACAGUCCUUGAAACGCUCUGCUAACCAGAUGGGAGUAUCUGCUAAACGGAGACCGAAGGCUCAGCCCACGACUCUUGUCUUACCACCUCAAUAUGUUGAUGAUGUGAUCAGCCGCAUUGACAGGAUGUUUCCUGAAAUGUCCAUCCACUUAUCCAGGCCCAAUGGCACAUCAGCAAUGCUUCUGGUGACCUUGGGAAAGGUGUUGAAGGUGAUUGUCGUCAUGCGGAGCCUGUUCAUUGAUCGGACAAUAGUGAGGGGAUAUAGUGAGAAUGUCUACACAGAAGAUGGCAAGCUUGAUAUAUGGUCCAAAUCCAACUAUCAAGUAUUCCAGAAGGUGACAGACCACGCCACCACUGCCCUGCUCCACUAUCAGCUGCCCCAGAUGCCCGACGUCGUGGUCAGGUCCUUCAUGACCUGGUUAAGAAGUUACAUAAAGCUGUUCCAGGCCCCGUGCCAGCGCUGCGGGAAGUUUCUACAAGAUGGCCUUCCGCCGACGUGGAGGGAUUUCCGAACGCUCGAAGCCUUCCACGACACCUGCCGGCAGUGACCCACCCCAGGCCCGGCCCAGCCUGCGGGCCCCGCCCAGCACCUUCCCAGACAAGCCCUCAGUCGGGUGGAUAGCUCAGACCUGUCCUUAGCACCCAGACACGAUACCGCCACCCGUUCAUAAAGCACGUGUUGUCCCUAACUGCAGAGCAGACUCCAUCUCGUGGUGAUGGCACCAACUAUACACUGUAACUGGUUUAUGGAAGGCAGAGAAGACCUUUUUAGAACUCAGAAUAAGAAAGUUAUGCAGCAUGCAUGCUCUUCCUUGUAUGUUAGCAACGCUGGCGAAGUCAUCCUCCUGGGUCUGCGUUCUAAGUCAUUUUCACAAGCCGUUAUCAUUUGAAUGAGCCCAUGUUCAUACAUAUUGUCAUGCUGGGUGUUUUGUUUUGUUUUGUAACUUAUUUUUUUUCUUUUAGAAGCAGUAAAGCUUUUGUACCCCGGGCACGGCUUUGUCUCCUGUUUCUUGAAGCACCUUCUGCACUCAGUUGAGUGAACAUGUGAGCGGAUCUGGGCCUUUUGAAGAGAAAUACACUUAGUAAUGUCUGUGUUUAAAAAUUGUUCUUUCUGAGGACACAUUUCCUUGCUUCUUGCUUUUAGGAGAGAGGACAUUGUCGGCAAAUACUCCAUUUCAAAGACGUCUUUGCAGUUUGAAAAGUGGAUUGUUCUUUUUGAGGAAAAAAGCACACAGAUGUUUCUUUCUGCCAAAGCAGUAACACGCAUACGUACCGAAGGGAAAGGAAUCUGCCCGUGUUUCCAGCUGGAACACAUGUAAGCAGGCGUGAGAGGGACGCCUGGCUUGUUUGCCCCAUGUUUUGUCCUAAGUAUUACUGUGGACAGAUGCCAGCCCAGUCUGCUGAGUUCACGCAGAGCCUUGACCCCAACACUGAAAGCCGUAACCUGUUUAUAUGAAGAAGCGUUGACCUGGUGAAGGUCUUGAAGGAAGGGAGAGUUCCCUAGAGCUUUCCUGGCCCAGCCGAUGCUUCAGAUGUUCUCUUUGCAGGGAAUAUGCCAGAGAGGCACUGCCUUCUUGAGAUGUCCAAAAGAAUGGGUGGUUCCUACCUGGGUUCUGGCACCACUCGGACCCUCCCCACCUACCCCCACCAGGCUUAAAGGAACUGAGGACAAAGAGGAUUUAGUGAGGGGGAAAGGAUAGGACCGUUAUGCUCAAGGUGUGGUCCAGGGGCGCCUGGGUGGCACAGCGGUUAAGCGUCUGCCUUUGGCUCAGGGCAUGAUCCCGGCGUUAUGGGAUCGAGCCCCACAUCGGGCUCCUCUGCUAUGAGCCUGCUUCUUCCUCUCCCAC